GCACAUCGCAAACGGCUGUGCCAAGAAGCGGGCAAGCAGCUCGCGAAGGCACAGCAAGGUCAAAACUUCGACGAGCUGACGCAGGCCGUGGCUGCGGCAGAGAAAUGCGGCAUUCGCAUGGAGGAGAUCGAGAAGGAGGCGGCGGUUUUCUCCAAGCAGUACGAGGAGGAUGCCGUUGAGGUUCGCCGGGCCAUGAACAGCAAGGACGAGGGCGCCAUGGUCUCCGCUCUCCGAGCUGCGGAGGCGAAGGGCUUCGAAGAUUCCUUCUUGAUGGGCGAACUCAGGGAGAAGUUGGCUGAGCUGCAGGCGGCACGCGCGGCCGCCGCGCGGCGCUCUGCUGCAGAGUCCCAGCUGGAGCGUGCCUUGGGGGAGGACGCGAAAAGCCUGGAGAAGGCCAUCGCCGAGGCAGCGGUCAGUGGCUUGAGCUUGUCGCAGCUGGCGCCGGCGCGCAAACGCAAAGCAGAGAUCGAGGAGCAGCGACGCCGUGAGCAGGGGCGGGAGGUUUUGGCCCGCCGGCUCAAGGCGGCGACUCGCACGGGGAACCCGAAGAUCCUGGCGCAGGUCAUCGCUGCAGCUGAGCGUGCCGGUGUCAGUAAGGCGGAGGUCCGCGCUGCUCAGGAGAUGGCCGACCGCUGGGCGGCAGAGGCGCGAGGAAAAGCACCGGUGGAGGAG